CAUUGCUUCUCUUAUUGGUACGUAAAUGAUACUGAUUGCGCUAUGGACCGACAAGCUUUCUGGUCGCUGAAGGAUGCCUUCCAUCAGCUCGGGGCCCGCGCAAAGCCGUUUUGGGACUCUUUACAACGUCACCAGCCACAGACGCUCUCUGGCUACCUGACUGCAUUAGCAGCGGCUGGAUUACUUACAGCCUCUUUACUGGUUACGACUAGCUUGGCUUUGGUGGCACUAUGGCGUACUCUUCUGCACCUGGCUGUGUCUGACUGCCUGGAUGGCCACAGUGGUUUCCGUGUUUGUCGGUUCCGUGGCUUGCGGUCUCUCAGGAACACGUUUGGCCCUGCGCGUAGUGAGAGCUGCAGCUCACCUUGUCGUACCCAGUGUUUGGCGCACGUUCCAGUCCCAGCUGCUAGGUGCUCAGCCCGGGCUCAGCCCGGGCCAGGCCUCUGCUGCCACCACCUACCCUCAGCCCCCUGGAGUGCAGACAUGCGAAGCUGUUGCUAGGGUAUCACCGAGUCCGGAUGCACACGCAGCCCAUGCCCCCGGCGAGCAAGCGGCACCAUUGGCUGCUGGCAGUUUAAUGACAGGACAGGCGCACCCUUGCAACGAGCGCGCUACCUCAGGCAGCCGAGUUGCCGGUGGUGCCUGUACAAAGGCAGCAGACGUGGGGCUGGCGGCCAUGCCGGUUGCGACAACACGCUGCAAUGGCAGCAGCCCAGCCGUUGGGAGCGGCCCCCCUGCAGGGCCUACUGACACCUCUGCAGCAGCCCAGCAGCCAGUAGCAGCCGCACCGCUCCUCAGUCCGCACCACAUGCAACCAGCAGGGAUGCAGGUUGUGAAGGCCCAACUGGUGGAAAGCUGUUGAGCGUCCACACCUGCCUGGCCCAGGCGCUUCUAGCUCCAGGGGCUGUACUACAUCGCAUUUAUUCUGUGGGCAUGGGUAAUGCCUCUAACCCGCAGUCUUCUCGCGUUUUCCUCGUAUCUUGUGGUGUGCGGUUAACAGGUUGCAACUUGCCGCUCAUCACGUGUGGGACAGGCAUGAGGCAUCAGCGCCCCCAUACGUGGUGUAGAGGCGGGGCUCAGCGGUGAAACUCAGCAGGCAUGGCAGAGGGGCGCGCGUAAGCUGCUGCGCAUGGCAGGGAAAGCCCUCGUGACCCGCUAAAGAUGGGCGGGAUAGGCGCUCAGUCGACAGGCUAGUUAGCAGGCUUGGUGGGGAGCAGCAGGGCAGCCGGACGGUUGCAUGCGCUUGGGAUGCGCCUCUCUUCGCUCCCAUCCCCCCAGUGCAUGCAGCAGGCAAGUGACAAUGAGUGGAUCAGUGGGGGCCCUCCUACACACGCUUGCAGUCCAGGCUAGCCAUUGCAUCCGUAGGUCGGUUGUUAGCAAUCUGCUUUGGGCUCGGUGGAAACGUUUACAGGAGAGGCACGCAAUCCUGAGAACGAAUAAGGACGGCCAAUCAGGACUGACCGAGUAGAGCGUUAGCAAGGUGUGAUUUGCACCGCAUGCGUGAACUUUAGUUAGGCCCUGAUAGUUAAUCUAGCGGCAUGAAGAGUUGACUAGGUCGGCAGCACGGCAUGGCGUGUGUUUCCUCUAUAAGGCGGCAGAGAGCUAAAUCCCCAGGGAUAAAGGGAUGUCAUGAACUGGUGCAGCGUCAUUGUGUUUUUUUGGAGAGUUGCAGGGGUUUCGUGAGCAGACGGUUGCUUCUACGAGCGCAGUCGGGACAGUAAUGCAGGCUGGCUUCUCCGUUCAAUAGCAUUGCCAGUCAUAACGUGUAGGCGUAGGUAGUUUAGGUAUGCCUCGACCGUGUCGAUUAAGAAGCGCGCGCGGAGGAAAUUGUGAUCAUUAGGCGGUGUACGGUAACCCAGUACGACACUCGUAGCGCUCCACAGAGCCAGUUGUUACUUACAAGCGAAGUAGCGUGUAGUGGCAGGUGUAAAGUAAAUAUUACCGGUAGCUGUACUGGACCUUGUGUGUCACGAGGUUUUGUCACGCGCAUGCUUUGUCGCUGGGGAGCGAUGGUGCCGCGCAAACCUGGCAUGCCCCUUACGUUAGCGGGCAUGGGGUGCCCGUGGAGCUAAGUAGCUUCAUGCAACACGGCCGUCACAAGCCAUGCUACAACAAGAAACGUGUUUCACGCGUUGACUGGUUGCUGAAGGAGAAGAAAUCCGCAGCAAGGAAUGUCGUGUUAGGCUUUACCCAAGCAUUGUACCCUAGAUCGUGUGGUCGUACUGCGUCCGAGUCUGGGUCCCGAACCCGGGCGAUGUGGCCACGUCGCGCUACGUCCCCGUAGCUCGAUUCCGAGAAAACGUAUACGAAGUAUGCGGUUUCGGAGGAGCGAAGCGAAGGGAAGCAUAGACGGUCUCCGUGGUCACGCUCCAGGGAACGCAAUAUUCGUGC